CAUUCCGAUUCGUUUCGAUUUGGUGCGGUUUGGUUUGGUUCGGCGUGGCGAUUUUGCUUCCUUUCAGUAAUCAUCGCCAGCUCGUGCUGCGUACACGGCCAGUCCUAUCUCUUCAGCCUGGAGAACGUUCUCAACGAGUCCUCCCGCCACCUGCCCUACGACCUAACGAGCCUAAACGGAACCACCGAGGUGGAAUUGUUUCCCGAUACCAUCUCGAACAACACCCGGAUUAUUGUCUACAAAAACACUGUCGUCGAGUCGCCCAACGAUCUAUCCCAGACUGCGAUGGAUGUGAUCACGAUUGUGUGGUACGUGGCCACGUUUCUGGCCCUGGCAGCCUUCUUCAUGCUGAUGGCCUGCUCGGAUCGCAGAUGCCGCGACAUGAGGCGUCGUCCCGCCGGAGGUCAGUCCACCGAGGGUCUGAGGGCACCACCCACGCCCUCGCCAUCGUACAGUGAAUUUGCACCCCCCAGCUACGAUACGGUGAUCAAGAUGCAGCACGCGGCCAAGACGAGUGUCUUUGUGAUACCGUUCAGCAACAAGGCCGGAGAACUGGGUGCUCCAGCCUCAGCAGUGCCGCCCCCAACUGCCAACCCAUUGCCACCGCCAGUCACCUGCGAUGUGAUCAUCGUCAAUGAACUGCAAAAGUCCGCUGACUAACCGAUAGGCCGAUGGUGGAUCCCUGGAGAAGACCUGGAUCCGGCCUUCCUAUUCCGACUCUGUGAUAUUUGCUGUUUACGGCAAUGGGCCAAGUAUUAGAUGUCGUAAGAUCCCCACAAAAAGACUGACAAUGAAAGAUAUCUUUGUGCGCACAUGCAUUCAAAUGCCAGUUAAACUGAAACUAGAUGAAUAAGUAAUUAACUGUAAUAAACCAUAGCGUUAUCGUACAUGACUCAUCCAAAUGGAUGUUUGCUGUUCCAAG